UGUACUUAGUAAUUCCCGAUGUCCUCAGAACAUUAUGUAUUCUAUAAUACACCUAAACUAAGAGCAUUGUAGACAGCACGUUGAUUAUUUCUGGAUUUCUGAAUCUACCUAGGUAGCUUUGAGAAGCUAUUUGGGGUAUGGUAUUAUAUUCUAUGCAUGUAUGAAAAGCUCAAUGGCUUCAAAAUCAUUUUGCAUAUGAUGUUCAUUUUCUCAUAAGCUCUCUUCCUACUAUUCCAUUCAUGAACCAAUAAGGGCUUAUAGUAAUCGACGAUGAACUUGAUUCAUUGGACUCAUACUAUACGGGCACCUACGCCCUUUGGCCUAGUAUCAAGGACCAGAACUCAACUAUACCCUAAUCGAGUCUCACCCUAUCACUUUAGACAUCAACCCAGUGUUAGGUCAUUCCAUCUUGCACCAACCGCCGCCACUGUUAUACAAACGGCCCAGGAUACCUUACUAGCUAUCCAUAGUCUUACUCACACACCAUGGUUCCUGACGAUUCCUCUGGCGGCAGUUGGAGUCAGCCUCGCUUUUCGGCUACCCUUCAACGUCUAUAUACAUAAGAUCAACCAACGCCGGGCUAGAUUCACUCCGGUCCUUAUGGGAUGGACUGCGCGUAUCUCACGGGAUGUUAAGCGGGAAGGAAUUCCAUCGUCGCGGGAGUCGAAGGAGUUAUUGGCGAGACAUAAGAAGCUAGCAUCGAGGAUAUACCGCACCGUCGGCUUACAAGACUGGAAACUAUAUUCCAGCGUCCUAGGUCUACCCUUCUGGCUCAUCGGCAUCGAGAGCGUCAGACGGAUUUGUGGUGGUCCGAGGGGAAUUAUCGGGCAGCUGUUCCUGGGUAGAACUGAAGAUGUUGCAGCUUCAAAUACUCAAGGCAACGUAGAAAUUCCGGUAGAUCCAAGCGUGACUGCUACCACGGCCGAGCAUGUCAAAAAUCUACCAGAUCUAAGCAUCACGUUAGAGGGCUGCCUGUGGUUUCCCGACCUGUCCGCUCCUGACCCAUACCACAUUCUCCCUUUUGCACUGUCCGCUUUGCUAGUCUGGAAUAUGCUCCCUAAAUCCAAGGCCGGGUUGCAACAGCUAGCUGGACUCAACCCUGGGGAUAAGGUUGUAGUCGAGACCCCAGCAAUGAUGAGGCAACGUAGACUCCGUCGAGUGCUCAUCGUCUUAAGUGCUCUCAUAGGACCUAUGACUGCAGACCUUCCGGCAGCGCUUCACCUCUACUGGCUGUCAACGAGCGCCACACACACAGUUACGAGCAAGGCAUUGUCCAAGUUCAUGCCAAUUGACACGAAUAUUGUUCAAAGGUGUGUAGGUUAUGAGGCCGAUGUUAUACGACCAAAACGAAUCGAGAAAGCAGUAAAAGCUACAAAUUAGGCAAACAUGGAUUUUGAAGCCACCAGUUCGGAAUGGGACUCGUACCAACUGCACAGCAAUUUAUUGGAAAAGCCACCAAUUCAUAAAAUUUGCCUUUUCGGCAAUGCAUUUGUAAUUACCUGCUUACACCUAUGUGAAUAGUCUCGUGGUUUGGCAGUCCAAAUGUUGAUUAAACUCCAAAUAUAACUGGUUAUAAACACCAAAGCC